CUUUUUCCAUCAUCUCGUCAUCAUACGUCGUUUCAUUUCCUGCGCCAGGACAGGCUCGCACAGAAACGACAUUCUGUGAGAUACUAUCAGCAUGGCUGAGCCGACUUUCCAGGCCGAGUCGCAAUGGCUCGCCCAGAUGACUGCCAUGAGGCAGGCAAUCGCCGAAUUGAAGUUGCCACCGUGGAACGACGAAUCUCAGAUGUACGGCGCAGAUCUAGACCUGGAAGGAGACCUCAGUGAAGACACUCAAGACGACAUCUGGGAUGUCGAAAGUGAAUUGGAUGAGAGUCCUCCAAGCGAAAGUUAUGAUGAUGCUGUCAAUGGCUUCAAGACUCCGGAUCAUGUCACGGAUGGUGUGUUCAACAAAACAUGGUUGCAAAGCAAAUGUGCUGCUUUCGCCAGGUCAAGAACGGGCAUUGAUGCCUCCGAUCUUGAACAGCAGAUUACUGCCCUUCUUGCCUCCGAUAAUUCUGAAGAUGAACUGCAGAUGUCUUUGGCCGAUAUUAUCGGUUACGAUGACCUGGACUUUGUGAUUGAGCUCAUCUCACACCGCAAAGAGGUCUUGACCGCACCGAACGCCACAAGUCGUCAGACAGACGGCCUUUUCGGACAGCUACAGACUCGCCAGGAACGAGAAACGGGGCUGAGACAGCAAGACUAUGAACACAAGAGUGCUGCACUAGCCCCAGCUUUCGAUCGAGGUGCGCCAAAGUAUGCACAUGUCUACAAGUCUGAUUCGGCUGCCUCCGGUAACAUUCUGGACGUCUCUGGGAAAAGAUAUGGCCUUCCUCUAAACAGCACCAGAAAUGACUAUGCCAAGUAUGAGGAAUACAGUAUCCCUGCAGCCAAGGUGGGCACGCUGGCCGCGGGUCAGAAACUGGUCAAUAUCGCAGAUAUGGAUGGCUUGUGUCAACGUACAUUCAGAGGGUACAGCUCGCUCAAUCGGAUGCAAAGCCUUCUCUAUCCUGUUGCCUAUACCACAUCGGAGAAUAUGCUUGUCUGUGCCCCUACCGGUGCUGGCAAGACUGAUGCUGCCAUGCUCACCAUCCUCCAAACCAUCUCGAAGAACGUCAUUCCGAACCCAAUUGACGAGCCUGAUGCUACAGACUUUGUCCUGAUGGCCGACGACUUCAAGGUGGUGUAUGUUGCGCCAAUGAAAGCCCUUGCAGCGGAAAUCACAGACAAGUUGGGCAAGCGUCUUGCUUGGCUCGGAGUCCAAGUACGUGAAUUGACUGGCGACAUGCAAUUGACGAAGCGAGAGAUUGCGGCCACACAAAUCAUAGUGACAACACCUGAAAAAUGGGAUGUGGUCACUCGAAAGAGCACCGGCGACACUGAGCUUGUACAGAAGGUUCGGCUCUUGAUUAUCGACGAGGUCCACAUGCUUCAUGACGAUCGUGGUGCUGUUAUCGAAUCACUCGUCGCAAGAACACAGAGACAGGUAGAAAGCACACAAUCGCUUAUCAGAAUCGUGGGCCUUUCGGCCACGCUCCCGAAUUAUGUCGAUGUUGCCGACUUUCUCAAAGUCAAUCGGAACAAUGGUCUCUUUUAUUUUGACGCCUCGUUCCGCCCGGUACCCCUCGAACAACACUUCAUCGGUGUCAAGGGCAAGGUUGGCAGCAAGACCCAGCGAGAUAACCUUGAUCAUGUUACCUUUGAGAAGAUCAAAGAGCUCUUGAAGCAGGACAAGCAAGUCAUGGUGUUCGUUCAUUCCAGAAAAGACACUGUUCUGACUGCUCGAACCCUCUAUCAAAUGGCUAUCGACGAUGGCUGUGACUCGCUUUUCAUGCCUGAGCCGGACCAUCCGGCGUAUGUCAGAGCAUUGUCUGAUCUGAAGUCGACUCGAGGCCGUGAGCUUCGGGAUAUCGUUCCCAAGGGAUUUGGUUGUCACAAUGCGGGCAUGCCUCGUACCGACCGGAACUUCGUGGAGAGGAUCUUCUCCGAAGGCGCUAUCAAGGUGCUUUGCUGUACAGCAACACUGGCAUGGGGUGUCAACUUGCCCGCCGCGGCCGUCAUUAUCAAAGGAACGCAGCUUUACAGUGCCGAAGCUGGUAAAUUCGUCGAUCUGGGCAUUCUGGACGUGCUUCAGAUUUUUGGUCGUGCAGGCCGUCCUCAAUUCCAAGACAGUGGUAUCGGCUACAUUUGCACAACUCAGGACAAAUUGCAACACUAUCUAUCUGCCGUGACUCAACAACAGCCGAUCGAAUCAAGGUUCUCCCAUCGAUUGGUUGACAAUCUCAACGCUGAGAUCAGCUUGGGCACUGUCACUACCGUCGUGGAAGCUGUGACCUGGCUCGGAUAUUCUUAUCUUUUCGUUCGCAUGCGGAAAAAUCCUGCAGCCUACGGCAUCGACGUCGCCGAGUCUCUGGACGACCCUCAACUCGGGCAACGAAGACGGAAAUUGAUCGUCGAUGCAGCUCGAACCUUGCAUAGAAGCCAAAUGAUCAUUUUCAACGAGAGAACAGACGAACUCCGUUCCAAGGACGUUGGGCGGAUAGCCAGUCAGUAUUACGUGCUGCAGAACAGCAUUGAGAUCUUCAAUACUAUGAUGAGGCCUCGAGCUAGUGAUGCAGACGUCCUCAAAAUGAUCAGCAUGAGUAGUGAGUUUGAUAAUAUUCAAUCCAGGGAGAACGAAGCUCAAGAACUACAUCGGCUUCGCCAAGAAGCUGUCGUAUGCCAGGUCGAGGAGCCAAAGAGCGCACCAAUUACCUCAGAAGACAAGAAAGAACAGAAAGUCAUUGAGAACCAUGCAAAGACGAAUAUCCUGCUCCAAUCCCACAUUUCAAGGGCGAAGCUGGAAGAUUUUGCUUUGGUCUCUGAUCUGGCAUAUGUUGCACAAAAUGCCGCCAGAAUCUGUCGUGCUCUUUUCAUGAUUGCCCUGAACAGAGGUUGGGGUUACCAAUGCCAGGUAUUACUUUCCAUGUGCAAGGCAAUUGAGAAACAGAUGUGGCCAUUCCAGCACCCUUUCCACCAAUUCGACCUCCCCCUUCCAGUUCUCAAGAAUCUGGACGACAAAGCACCCUCAUCGAACAUUGAAAGCCUGCGCGAGAUGGAACCAGCUGAGAUUGGCAGCCUUGUUCACAACCAGAAGAUGGGCAACACCAUCUCCAAGUUGCUCGACAAUUUCCCGACCUUGUCUGUCGAAGUCGAGAUGGCUCCUCUCAACCGCGACGUGCUUCGGAUGCAGUUGUACCUUUAUCCUGAAUUCGUCUGGAACGAUCGCCACCACGGCACUUCCGAGUCAUAUUGGGUCUGGGUUGAAAACUCUGACAGCUCAGAAAUCUACCAUCACGAGUAUUUCAUUCUCAGCAGGAAGAAGAUACACGAUAGCCACGAACUCAAUUUCACAAUCCCCUUGGCUGAUCCUCUUCCCUCGCAAAUAUACGUUCGGGUCAUCUCCGAUCGCUGGCUAGGUGCAGAGACAGUUCAACCAGUCUCAUUCCAGCACCUGAUCCGGCCAGACACCGAGAGCGUCUAUACCGACCUUCUCGAUCUGCAACCGCUUCCUAUCAGUGCUUUGAAGAAUCCAUUACUCGAAGAGCUGUACGGACAGCGUUUCCAAUUCUUCAACCCUAUGCAGACACAAAUAUUUCAUACACUGUACCACACGUCGAACAACGUCCUCCUAGGAUCACCGACCGGGUCUGGCAAAACUAUUGCAGCAGAACUCGCAAUGUGGUGGGCAUUCCGCGAACACCCGGGAAGCAAAGUGGUCUACAUCGCGCCCAUGAAAGCGUUGGUCCGAGAAAGAGUGCAAGACUGGCGCAAACGGCUGACUGGCCCCAUGGGCUUGAAGUUGGUCGAAUUGACCGGUGACAAUACGCCUGACACCCGAACGAUCCGGGAUGCCGACAUCAUCAUCACCACGCCCGAGAAAUGGGACGGUAUAUCCCGAUCCUGGCAGACUAGAUCCUACGUGCGCCAAGUGUCGCUCGUCAUCAUCGAUGAAAUCCACCUCCUCGGCAGCGACCGUGGUCCUAUCCUCGAAAUCAUCGUCUCUCGAAUGAACUACAUUGCCUCACAAGCCGAGUCCGGCUCGAUUCGAUUGAUCGGCAUGUCCACUGCCUGUGCGAACGCAACCGACCUGGCCAACUGGCUGGGCGUCAAGCCAGGUAACAACCAAGGCCUCUUCAACUUCCGGCACAGCGUCCGGCCUGUGCCCUUGGAAAUCUACAUCGACGGCUUCCCCGAGCAGCGCGGUUUCUGCCCACUCAUGCAGAGCAUGAACCGGCCAACGUAUCUAGCCAUCAAGAACCACAGCCCCGACAAGCCCGUCAUCGUGUUCGUCGCGUCGCGACGCCAAACGCGCCUGACCGCAAAAGACCUGAUCAACUUCUGCGGCAUGGAAGAAGACCCACGGCGCUUCUUGCACUUCGAUACCGAAGACGACCUCCAAGCCACAUUGUCGGCUGUCAAGGACGCCGCGCUCAAAGAAGCGCUCAGUUUCGGCAUCGGCCUGCACCACGCCGGUCUGGUCGAGUCGGAUCGCACUUUAUCCGAACAACUCUUUGCCGCGAACAAGAUCCAGAUUCUCGUCGCGACGAGCACGCUGGCAUGGGGCAUCAAUCUUCCCGCACAUCUGGUCGUCGUCAAGGGCACGCAGUUCUUCGACGCCAAGAUCGAAGGCUACAAGGACAUGGACCUGACGGACGUGCUGCAGAUGCUCGGCCGGGCGGGCCGGCCGCAGUUCGACACGAGCGGCAUCGCGCGAAUAUUCACGCAAGAUGCCAAAAAGGCGUUCUACAAGCACUUCCUGCACAGGGGCUUUCCGGUCGAGAGCUCCCUGCAUAAGGUCCUGGAUAACCAUCUGGGCGCCGAGGUGUCUGCGGGCGUCAUCACUACGAAGCAGGAUGCUCUGGAUUACUUGACGUGGACUUUCUUCUUUAGGAGACUUCACAAAAACCCGACAUACUACGGGCUCGAGAUUGGUGCCGAGGAGCACCGUGAGUCGCAACUCGUCGCGCGGCAGAUGGCGUCCGAGUACAUGGUCAGUCUUGUGGACAAGAGUCUGGACGAUCUGGCGGAGAGCGAUUGCGUACUCGUGCAUAGCAAUGGCGACGUGGACGCCACGCCGUUCGGCAAGAUUAUGAGUUAUUACUACCUGAGUCAUUUGACGGUGCGGCAGUUUUUGACCAAGGCGAGAAGGACGCCACGCGCCACUUUUGCCGAUGCGUUGAGCUGGGUCAGCCUGGCGACCGAGUUCGAUGAGUUGCCCGUCCGGCAUAAUGAGGAUCUGAUCAAUGCGGAGCUGGCGAAGAAUUUGCCCUUGCAUGUCGAGGGCUUGCUGGAUGGCCUGCCCAUGUGGGACCCGCAUGUCAAGGCGUUCCUGCUGAUCCAGGCGUUUAUGAGCAGGGUGGAAUUGCCGAUCAGCGAUUACGUGGGUGAUCAGACCUCGGUGCUGGAUCAGGGCAUUCGCAUCAUCCAGGCGGCCAUCGAUGUCAUGACCGAGUUGAACCGGUUUGAUGCCGUGGUGCAGAUGGUCAGGUUGCUGCAGUGUAUCAAGAGCGCAAGGUGGCCGGAGGAUUAUGCAUUGAGCAUUCUGCCGGGAGUGCACGAGGUGUUUGAUCCCAAGGCCGAGGGCAAAGUGCCCAGCGAUCUCGUCACGACUGCGACGCUGGCGAGCAGGCACGGCGGCAAGACGAUCGAUGGCCUGAUGAAUGUGCUUGGCGUGAAGGCGCAGGGCGUUCGUGCACAAUUUGUCAAGGCAGUCAACUUGUUGCCGGAUAUCACGUUAACUGCCGGUGGCGAUUCGGAUAAUCUGCAGGUUACGAUGAAGAGGGGGAAUCGGCUGCAAGAUGCACAGGCACGAAUUUAUGCGCCGAAGUUCCCCAAACCGCAGACAGAAGGCUAUUUCGUGCUCGUGAUGCCUGCGGGAUCAAAGGGGGCAGGAGAAGGUGCCAGAGCGGAUAUUCUUGCGUUGAAGAGGGCGAAUUGGUCGAUGAUGAACAACAAGCAAGGCCAGAGUAGGGCUCGGGAGGUCAGCCAUACGAAGCUCAAGGUGCCAGUACUGGAGGGGACGGAUGGCGGAGAAGUGAAGGUGGACGUUCUGGUGAUGAGUGAUGCUUAUCCUGGUAUGGAGUGGUGGUUGGAGAAUGUGGUUGUGCCUGUGGCCCAGUCGAAGGCUGUUGUGCAGACCGUCAAGGUCAAUGUCGAUGAGACUUUGACGAAGAAGAAGGGGGUUUAAGGUGUGAAAGGUAGAAAAAGGGAAAGCAGAUGACACUUUGACGAAGAAGAGAGGGAGUUGAGGUUUCAAAAGUAGAGAAAGAGAAACCAGAACGAGCCUGGCACGUAGGUGGCUGGGCGAUAGCGACAACAAUACUACUAGUAUGUAGAUGCAAUUGAAUCAAAUAGCAAAGCGGAA